GAGUUUGUCGUUUGUCGUUUGAGACCCACAGAAAAACAAAAAGUUAUUACUUCUUUUAAAAAACCGUUUUGUCGGUUUUCUCCGUGUUUUUAUCGCUUUUUCUGUCGGUUGGUCGCUAUGGAACGUUGGCGGUUGGCGCGGCUUCAUCUUCUUUAACGUCUUUUUCUUUAACGGUUUAAAACAUUUCUUGUCUUUUUUUUUGUGUGUUUUUAUUUGAACUCUCACUGGAUCCUGUCACCAUGACGCCCGACCUCCUCAACUUCAAAAAGGGAUGGAUGUCCAAACUGGACGAGAGCGGAGAGUGGAAGAAGCAUUGGUUUGUUUUGACGGAUGCUGGGUUGAAGUACUACAGAGACUCGAGCGCAGAGGAGAAAGACGACUUGGACGGAGAGAUUGACCUAAAAUCCUGCGUGAAAGUGUCCGAGUUUGACGUGGAGAAGAACUACGGCUUUCAGAUCCAGACACGGGAAGCCGCGUUCACGCUGUCUGCCAUGACGGCCGGGAUCAGGCGGAACUGGAUAGAAGUUUUAAAGAAGAGCGUCCGGCCCAGCAGCUCUCCCGACCUCACACAAUUACCCGACAGCAGCAGUGACAAAGAAAAUUCCCAUUCUCGCUUCCCGCUGUCUUCCCGUCGCCCGUCGUCGCGUCACGCCGACGUUCAUUCAGAAGUCCCGGCUUCCGCCCCUCCUACUCAUCGUAGGUUCGACUAUGUCGAGCUGUCUCCCGUCCCCGCCUCAUCCGGCCCUCUCCCGGCCAGUCAGAGAGAAGCGGCGGAGGGGCAAGGUAGGGAGCACAGCCAAUGGCAGGAGGAGAGGAACACGACCAGCCAGUGGGAGGCCGUGCUGUCCAGGAAGGGCAGCGGCGUGGGAUCGAACCAAAGGCUGCGCACGGAGGACGAAAUCGAGAGGAAGUGGGCCGAGUUCGAGCGCAUGCCGUUGAAGGAGAUGAGCUCCUUGCCACCGAUGGGGUCGAGGCCUUCUGGCCAGUCAGCCAAUGAGGCGCUGCAGAGGGAGGUAGUGGCGUCACUGAGGCAACAGCUGGAGCAACUACAAGGUGGGAGAGGAGGCGGAGGAGGAGGAGUAGGGCGAGGAGGAGGCGUGAGGGGCAGCUGCGGGCCCGAGGCCCCCUGCAGCCGCAGCCUGGGAGCCAUGGAGCGCGCUCACCGACAGGCGCUGGAGGAGCUGCAGAGGCAGCACGAGCGCCAGAUCAAGGAGCUGGAGACGGAGAAGGACAGGCUGCUGCUGGAGGAGACGCAGGACACCAAACGAGUGAUGGAGGCUUUGAAGAAGAAACACAAAGAGGAGUUGGAGAGGGAGGUGGAGAAAGUCAAGAGGCUGGGCAGCGGGAUCGAUGCGCGGACUCUGCGAGAGCAACAACAGGCAGAGAGUCAGGCCUUUCAGCGAGAGCUGGCCGGACUGUCUGAGCGCUACUCCCAGAAGUGCCUCGAGCUAAACCGAGCCGAGCAGAACAGCGCUGAGAGGGAGAGGGAGAUCAGCCGCAAGGAGAGAGACAUGGAGCAGCUGAGGAAAGAGAACCAGGACCUAAAGGCCCGUUUGAAGGAGGAGAUCAGCCGUAUGCGAUCCACCAUCACAGACCAGAGCUCAGAGGACAACAAAGACAGGACGCCCUGUGAACUGGAGGUUCUUCUCAGGGUGAAAGAAAACGAGAUCGAGUACUUACACAAGGAGAUCAGCUGUCUACGGAACGAACUGCAGUUUCUUAACGCGGAGAAACGUCUGGCCUGCGAACGAUACACGGAGAUUCGGGAGGAGCUGAGCGGGAUUAAAGGCCGGAGCGAGCGAGAGAUCCAGAGUCUGAAGGAGCACCUGAGGUUGGCCAUGGCUGCUCUGCAGGAGGGGCAGAAGCUGGGAAACAGCCUGGACCACUGAGAGUCUGCUGCUGGGUACCAGACACAGUGAAAGGUGUGACUGAAUCAAAGACGUACACGGAGGAGCAGAGGAGACGACUGUUGGACUUGUACAGUUCUGGCUGUGUGGGGACCAUGUUAGUGCCUUAGUUUUCAAUCAUUCUGCCAAUGAGCAGCAUAGAGUAGCUAUUAGCUGGUUUCAUUACACUGGGCCACACGUGAUAUAUAAAUAAAACUGCACUUUUCAUUUUUUUUACUAUAGCUUUCGCUUGCUUUUAGCGCGAGCAUGUAUGAGUGCGCAUUUGGUCUGAAAACUGGAAUAUUUGUUGAGUGACGUCUUUUUUUUUCUUUUUUUUUAAUCAGGUAGUGAAGAGUUCAUAGAGUGAAGAGUUCAUACUGUAUCUGCUUCUUUUUUCUUUUUGUCGUUGGAUAACUUUCUCAUUGCCUCCGUCUUCUGCCCGACACAGCACAGUUACAGCUACUGUCAUCUCCGUUUUCUAUGUUGUACAGCUUUCGAGUCAUGUUUACUCUGUGAAAAUAGCACAUGUUUCUUUAGAAAUGGGAGCUUGUCAUUUGCUGUAAUUAUAUGUUGUUGUUUUUUUACCUGGAACCAAGUGUGCUUAUUGUGAAUAUGAAAUUCUGUUAGAAAUAUAUCGGGGUGAACAGGACAAGACGGCAAACGUUUCUAUUUCCCGACAGGCUGAAUUAGAAGUUGAUCUGUGAUUGAGGCUCAACUUUCUUUGGGGAUGCUUGUUAAGCUGCUGAAUGAAUGUUGUCCCACAUCACACAUGUCUUUAUUAUUAUUAUUUUUUACUGAGAAGCAGGAACUCUCAAGCUUCCCGUCGCCCCCACCCCCUGAUCAUUAUCGGCAUUUAAGUGCCACCACCACGGCAGAACGACAGGUGUUGCAUCGAUGAGCCAAUUUUUUUUUUUAUUGACAGUAUGAAUUGUGAUAAAAUGACUUAUCUACCUGCCUUUUGAAAAAUAUUUUCAUAUUUAAUGUACUGUAGAACCUGUAUCAUCUUUGUAAAUUAUACACAAUUUUUGCAAUCAAUAAAAUAAAUUCUACAGAAACACA